UCGCGCCGAUAUUUGGCCGUGCAUCUACAACUCGCUUCGGGUCACUAUGCAAGGGGAAUCGGCCUGAAUCAUUUGUGCACUGGGCGACAGUCGGAAAUGGAAUGUGUAGCGAGCAGAAUGACGGGUAGACAGUACAUCUCCAGUUAGUUUUCCUUCCAACUGCUUAUCUUCUGAACUCCUCGAUUCGGCUGCUGUCGUCGGAAAGAGCUGGAAAUCUCCUCAGCGGCCGUGAAAAAUCAUGGAAUCGCUGCAUACAAGGGCGAUUUCGCCACACAGAUCUUGGAUUUACCAGCAAUCUUCUGUGUUUGUGUGGAUUAUCUUCUCGUGGAUUAUGUGUUGUGAGUGUUUCAAAGAGAAAAAUCUGACGAUCGGUGGUAUAUUCCCCAUGGUUGGCGGUUGGGGCGGAGGAGUCGGAUGCUUGCCAGCUGUGGAGAUGGCACUAGAAGACAUCAAUAAUAGCACGGACGUAUUGCCGAACUACCAGCUUUGGAUGGUGGGAAAAGACAGCCAGUGUAUGCCAGGCCUGGGCACAAAAGUUCUGUAUGAGCUUCUCUACACCCAUCCCACCAAGAUCAUGGUGCUCACAGGCUGUAGUAGUGUCUCCACAUUCGUGGCUCAAGCUGCCAAAAUGUGGAACCUGGUUGUGCUCGGGUAUGGGUCAAGUUCACCGGCACUCUCUAACCGUGACCGUUUCCCUACGUUCUUUCGCACCCACCCCUCGGCCACCAUCCACAAUCCCACCAGGGUCAGACUAUUCAAGAAGUUCAACUGGUCCCAGAUUGCAACCAUACAGGAGACACUGGAGGUUUUCCAGUCUACUGUUGAAGACCUGGAAGAACGAGUCAAGAAGGCUGGUAUAGACAUUGUGGUACGCCAAAGUUUCCUCACUGAUCCCACCAACGCCGUGAAAAACCUCAAGAGACAAGAUGCCCGAAUCAUUGUGGGCGUAUUUUAUGAAGACAUGGCCAGGCGUGUAUUCUGUCAGGUAUACAAGGAGAAACUGUAUGGACGGAAGUACGUGUGGUUUAUCAUUGGCUGGUACCCGGACAAUUGGUACGCCUCCAAGGACGAGAACAUUGACUGCACGCCUGACCAGAUGAGAGAGGCUCUUGAGGGACACUUCACCACCGAAGCCAUCAUGCUGACGAAAAAAUCCACGGUCACCCGUUCAAACAUGACAUCGCAGCAAUUCAAGGAGCGUCUGGACAGGAAGCUGAAUGUGACGGAAACCGCACAAGUGCCUGGAUACCCAGAGGCGCCGUUAGCAUACGACGCUGUCUGGGCGCUGGCUCUGGCGCUGAAUAAAGCAUCGGCAAGACUUAAGAGGCGGGGCAUGAGGCUGGAAGAUUUUGAUUAUACAAAUAAGGAAAUCACGGAUGAGAUCUACUCAGCCAUGAAUAGUACCAAAUUCCUCGGUGUGUCGGGAGAGGUGGCUUUCUCAUCAUCCGGGGACAGAAUUGCCUGCACGCAAAUAGAACAGAUGAUAAAUGGAGUGUACCAUCAAGUUGGAGAGUACGACUCUAUGGCAGACAAUCUUACCUGGCUGGAUAACGAGAUUUGGAUAGGUGGCAGCCCUCCCCCUGACCGGACCAGAACAGUGAAGUUUCAGCGAGUCGUGUCUCCUGGGGUAUUCUUUGCCAUGUGUGGGUUAGCAACCUUGGGUAUCACAGCUGGGGUGGCAGCUCUCAUUUUCAACACUCUUAACAGACAUAGACGAUUGAUAACGAUGUCACAGCCAAAUGUGAACAAUAUAAUGGUGUGUGGCUGCAUCCUGUGUCUUGUGUGUAUCUACUUACUGGGGCUGGACGGACAGUUUGUGUCAGUGCAAAGCUAUCCCAGACUCUGUAUGGCCCGUGCUUGGUUACUGUCGUUUGGUUUCACAUUUGGCUAUGGUUCCAUGUUCUCUAAAGUCUGGACAGUCCAUAGGGUAACAACGCUAAGGAAGAAAAAUAGAAGGAAAGUUCGUGUUUGGGAGUUUUACGUCGUACUUGCUUUUAUCUUCGUCCUGGAUGUCAUUGUCUUGACGACAUGGCAAGCCGUUGACCCGAUGUUCCGUGACCUUGAAUAUUUUCCAUACGAAGAUCCUCAAGACACUGACGAGGACAUAAAAUACCAGCCCCAACUAGAACAUUGUACUUCCAAUAACUUAACAGUCUGGUUAGGUAUUACAUUUGGUUACAAAGGAGUUUUACUUAUAUUAGGUGUGUUUUUAGCCUAUGAAACGAGGAGCGUCAAAAUUAAACAAAUCAACGACUCUCGUUUUGUGGGUAUGAGUAUAUACAAUGUGGUGGUCAUGUGUGUCAUCACAGCCCCGAUCACCUUGCUUAUCAGCAGUCAGCAGAACGCCACUUUUGUCUUCGUCUCAUUGGCUAUUAUUCUCUGUAGCUUUCUUUCUAUUGGUCUCAUUUUUAUACCAAAGGUGAUACAGCUGGUGAGGAAUCCACACAAAGAGGGAAUAGAAAUCAAGGCUAUGUCCGACUCUAUGGCCAGUCGAGAGGAAGAGGAGAGACACCAGCGCCUCCUGGUGGAGAAUGAGGAACUAAAACAACACAUAGCAGAGAGAGAGGACAAAAUCCGUGAGCUAAAUCGGCGAGUGUUGAGCAAAUCCCAGCCAAAGUGCGUCACAAUACAGACAGAAGAGAGUUCUGACAUCCUGGCAGAUCACAACCCACACCCAGCCAAGACAAAUGCCUGUGUUGUGUCUUUUACAAACUUAUCUCCCUUGACAAUAGGCGGUGGCUCGCCUGAUGAUUUAGGCGUAUCGAUCGACGCCGAUUCGGGCCUCGCCAGCAGUUCAAUGGCAAAGAGCUCCAAAAAUUCUGCUUCAGAUUCGGAGCCUUACUGCUGACUAGAGGCUGGGAAUGUAGGACGGCUUCGGAAGGGUUGUGCGACAUACAAGAAUGAGACAAUGGACGGUCUUUGUCUGACCCCAGGUUUCCGCACGCUCCACGAAACGGAUCUCUGAUGACACAGCGUUUAUGAUGAGCGCUCGCACAGCAGCAAGGUCUUACAUUCCCACUCAUAUAUAGGAGCUCAACAGUUGGGCAGAAUAGCUCUUCAGGAAUGAAGGUGGCAAAGGUUGAUAGUACAAAAUGUAACAUUACCAUGGCUUUAUUGGAGAAAAAAAAUGUUUUGCUAAUAUUCUGCAGAUUCUUGAUGAAAAUUUUCUUGGUUUUUGGGUAGACCAAGACAUCUCUCGUGAAAUCUUGAAUGAUGUAAAAUAACCAAGGGAUAAAACUUCAUUACAAGAUCAACGAGUUGCAAACAUGGAUAUUAUUCAGUCUCAGAAAAGGGUUUUCACCUAAUUUGAUAUAAAUAUUAGCAUUCUUUCUUGUCAGUAUUUUUUCACCAAUUAAGCCUAUGGGACAAAAUGAGAACACUAGGGAAAUUAUCAGAGCAUUUAGCAAAGAGGUUGUAACAGUGGUAAUCAAAUUUAGCAGACAAAUUAUGUUUGUACAGAUAUGUGGUAGACUGCACUACUAUCUUCUUUGCAUAAGUUGGCUAUAUGCCAAUUCUUUCCACCUUCUUUACCUCCAUCCCUGGAGAAGACCAUUUGAGCCCAGUUGAGCGUUCCUGCCUAGGCGCAUUUGUAUUUAAUGUAACGAGAUUAAAGACUUGUACAGAAUUGCCUUUUAAUACCUAGCAGAAUGUUGUCUACACAGUACGGAGUGUGUUUGAUAUUUCCUCCAUCAACAUCAAUGUACAAAAACAACAAAGCGACACAAUCACGACUUACAGCUACUUUGUUGCUUGGAUACAUUUUCUGGAUGUGGCAAAUGUGUUUAGAGCUGAGACAUUUACCGUGUAACUUGUACUUGUAUUAAUUGGCAGUCAUGUUUCUGUGUGCAUGCCUAUAUAUAUAUGUCGUAAAAUGAAUGAAGUAUGAACGUGACCCUGUGCUUUCCAAGGGUCAGAUGAGUCUGUCAUAAUAGGCUGAGUUUUUGGGAUUUUAUCCAGUUUUAGAAUUCUAACUUAAAUUUCAAAAAUCCUUGUGGAAACCGCCUGUGAAUUUUUGUGCAUUUAGGAAGAUAAUAUUUCAUUGUGAAAUGAAAUUACCUUAGUCAGCUCAAUACCUGCAACUAUCCAAGAGUAGUUUUGUCUUUGUUCAUGUGAGAUGUUAAGAGUAUUAAAAAAAUAAAAAUGUGUCCUUGUCAAAACUGCAAGUAGGAAAAUUGGUACUAGCAACAAACGAAGAACAGCCUCAUCUCCAUGUAUAUAGGGAUACAGAAUAUCUGCGUAGACCAAUGCAAAAUGGUUUGAUUUUUUCUGUAUGUCUUAACCCAGAAGACUACAUCAUUGUCAGAAAGGCUUAGUACAUAUAAAUUGUGUUACAUGGACUUUUUCGUCUUGAACAAAACUGAUAUCAUUACGUGCAAUUCCUCUGGUACUUGAUUGUUCUGACUUGCAAACUUUUUUGUCAGUAUUUGUUGUUAGCGGCCGCUUUUGAACCAAAGAUAACAUCUAGCCAUCAUUAAUAAUUUAAAAAAGAAGUGUUCACAAAAUGUGUUGUGAGUGGCAAAACUUCUUGGCAAUUAUUAAAGAUUAACAGAAUUGACUCUCUGUUAACUAGCCUACCUGUCAUGGUAGAAGCCUUCAUUAAUGUAUAAAGAAUAAAAGUCAGUCACACAAUCAUGUAAUUGUUAAUCCGGUUUCAGCUGGUACAGAACUGGUUGAAUUCGGUCACAACCAGUAUCACUUGUAAUAUUAACCUAGAUAUUUAACCUUUCAUGCACUGAAAUGGCUGCCCUGUGAUGUAUGCAGCAGCUGUUAAAGACUUCCCACUAAGAUGAAGAAAUGGGUAAAAAUUGCUUGGAAAUGGUGUAAAGUGGUCAUCCUAAGGUACCAUUAGUGUUGUAAGGUACUAUUGCGGAUGGUUAGAUGUGCUAUAAUUGUUUGGAUCCACGGUGAGUAAUACACACAUUCAGGUGGUAAAGAAUGCGUAUUUAAUGUGUAUUUAGACUCUAAAUGUUUUGUAACCUUAACUGCUUUCAAACAGAUUUGUGACUUUUCCUCUUUUUGAAGGAAUUCAUUACAUGAUGUUUUUUUUUUUUU